AUGACAUAAAUUGCAUCUCAAUAUACAAAUAUACUAGUACAAGCUUGGAUAAAAAAGAGAGGAAUUUCACUAACCUACCAUAGAUUUUUUAUUUUUUUUGAGUUGAACUAACCUACCAUAGAUAAAUAAAAAAAGAGUGAGCCCGUCUCAAAAAGAGAGCAAAAAAGAAAAGCGAAACGACGCUUAGUGGGCUGCUCCAUUCCGGCCAGAAUCAUACCAAACCCUCGCGUCCCACCAUGGCCGACGGCGCCGCCUCCCUCCUCCCCACCGCCGGCUGCGACGGCGAGGACCGAAUCAGCGCCCUCCACGACGACCUCCUCUGCGCCAUCAUCUCCCGCCUCUCCGUCACGGACGCCGCCGGCACCACCGCCCUCUCCCCCCGCUGGCGCCACCUCUGGCACUCCACACCGCUCGUCCUCGACGAUGUCGACCUCCACGAGUCCGCCCGUGACGCCAUAGUCUCCUGGGUGCUUGCCGACCACCCGGGCCCCUUCCGCGCCGUCCGCCUCGCCGGAUGCAGGUUCGCCUCCCUGGACCAUGACCUCGCCGAGUGGCCGCGCCUCCUCGUCACCAAGGGCAUUCAGAAACUCGUCCUCGUCAACAAGCACAUCCAGCCCCAGCACGCCUCCCCGCGCCUCCCCGCUGAAAUCCUCCGCUGCGACUCGCUCCAGCGCCUCUUGCUGGGCUUCUGGACGUUCCCCGCCGACGUCUCCCACGGCGCCGACGUCUUUCUUCCCCACCUCCACAGUCUCAAUAUGAUAAGGAUUGACAUGAGCGAUCAUGACCUGGAGUGUUUGAUUGCUGCCAUUCCCGUUCUGAAGACCCUUGUGCUCGCCCGCAACGAGCCCAAGCAUGUGCGUCUCCGCAGCCAAAGCCUCCAUUGCGUGGUCGUUGACGGAUCCCCGGUGAAGGAGGUCGCCGUGAUGGAAACGCCGCUCUUGGAUCGCCUUAUCUUGGUGGAACCGCCUCCUAGUGCUAUUGGAGGUGCUGGUAUGAGGGUCAAGAUUACCUGUGCACCCAACCUGCGGGUGUUUGGCUACCUGGAGCCGAGAGCUCACAAGCUGCAGAUCGGCGAUGAUGUCAUCGAGCCAAACAUAAUAGUGUGCCCAAGAACUGUGCUUCCAGGCGUCAAGAUAUUGGCCUUGAGGGUGAAUUUUGGUGUUUUCGAGGAGGUCAACAUGCUUGCCAGCUUCCUUAGAUGCUUUCCCAAUGUUGACAUGCUUCACAUCGAGUCUCUCCUGCAUGAUCCAUCCGUACCUGGCUAUGAACCCACUGGGGAGCACCAUGCCAAGUUCUGGCAGGAGGCCAGUCCGAUCAAAUGCUUGCGAUCACAUGUCAAAAGGAUGGUUAUCCACAAAUAUCAAGGGCAUCAAAACGAAUUUGAAUUCCUCAAGUUCAUCUCCAAGGAUGCCCUGGAGCUGCAUUCUUUGGUGCUUGUGCCACCUAAAGAAAAAAUGUCUUUACCGAACGAGGUGAAUGAGAUGAUAAACAGACUGGGAUGUCCACGGUUACGGGCAUGGGCCUCUAAAGUGUUGCUGGUGUUGACUAAAGUAGACAUUGGUUUUAGCUUGCAGAAAUCAGCUGACCUUACGGUCGAUGACCCUUUUCGCUGCUCAAUGCAUGGCUAAUUAGCUAUAUGUAUACCUGAUCGAUCCGUCUUUUGGGGACUCACUGACAUUUGUACUGGAAGAUCACACAGUUUAAGUUUGUAAGGCAAUGCCUUCCCUUGUGUUGGACCAUGUUUCAACUACCUUAUGUAUGUUUCAAGUUUCAACUACCAUGAUUGUGUGUAUUUAAGUA